AAUUCAUCAAACAUCGUCGCGCCCUCACGCACGGACCACAUUUGGCUGUAACUGCUUGCUAGAUUACUAGUAAUACUUUUUAUUGAGUUACUUAAGUUUACAAAUUUAUAAUAUUGUUGUUCAACGUUACUCUCAGUGUUAUUCUAACCAUAUUGUGAUUUUUUUGUUCAUCCUGCAUCCAAGAGGAGGAAUGCAAAGUGACUGUCGGGACUGUUUGGGAAUUCGUUAUCGAAUUAACACCCUGCACCAAACUUGGAAGUGGCUGCAUCAGACAAUAGCUCUUCACGAGUAUCUGAUCUCCCUCUCGGCGGCUGACACUGAUGCCCAUUGCUCUAAGCACUAGUGUAUAACUAUUGGGACUAUUCUUUAAACUAUUUUUACUCUUAAUAAUUUAGUGUUUUAAUAAUAAACUGUUUCUAAGUUACGCUUAAUUAAGUCUAAUAUAUACAUUCAUACAAAAAAGUAUCCGUUUAAGUAUUUUCCUUAAAGAGAUAAAGAUGGCCCAUUCAAUGAUGAAGAAGAUGAAUAUGAGCAGCGUUUGUGUUAUGAUGGGAGUCACGAGAAGAGUUUGUGUACGAAGCUUAGGUACUGAUACCAGCAAGACUGUGACAAAGAAGAAGGAGAACAUUUUGCCGCCCGAGGGGGAGAUCACAAAGUCUGUUUUUAUGUCUCAAUCUACUGAUAUCUAUACCAAUUUGGCUCUGGAAGACUGGAUGUACCGUAACAUGGACUUCACAAAUCACCAUGUCAUGAUGGUGUGGCGUAAUGAGCCCUGUGUUGUAAUUGGGAGACACCAGAACCCAUGGUUGGAAGCAAAUAUCCCAUUGCUAUCUGAAAGGGAGAUUGCUCUCGCCCGUCGAAACAGCGGUGGUGGUACUGUGUACCAUGACCGAGGAAACCUCAAUGUGACCUUCUUCACACCUCGUGAACGGUACGAUAGGAAAUACAAUCUAGAGUUGAUCAAAAGGGCACUCUUCAGAGGAUUUGGUAUCAAGUCUGUCAUCAAUGAGCGUCAAGACAUCAUCAUUCGUGAUAAAUAUAAGGUGUCAGGCACAGCAGCGAAGCUGGGCAGACUAACAGGAUACCAUCACUGCACACUUCUAGUCAACGCCAAUAAGGCAGAUCUCAGCCGAGCUCUUGCAAAACGCGAGCAUGGCAUACAGACGAACGCGACGGCCUCCACACGGUCGGCGGUGGCCAAUCUCGCCGAGGUGGAUAACAAGAUCACAGUGGACAGCCUCCAGACGGCGCUCGGCUAUGAAUACUUGCGCACACCAGCCAUGCGUUUAGAGGACGGCGGGCAGAAUCAGAUCUCGAAACAGCGGGGCUUCCAAUUUAUUAAUCCCACUGACGACUGGUUCCCAGGUCUUGCAGAACUGAAGAAUGAUCUCAAAAGUUGGGACUGGUGUUUCGGCAGAACGCCAGACUUCUCAGUCAGCCGCACUUUCCCAGUGCCUGCUGAGUUGCUUGCGCCCUCCAAAGUCUAUUCAGCUACACAGGAGCUCGUUAUAAAUAUGACGGUUGUAAAGGGUUUGAUAAACGAUGUAACACUCAGCAUUCCACCAGGCCUCGUCGAGUCGGGCUUCCACGGCGAAGCUUCCGUUAUCACGCAUCUGAAAGGGAAACGGUUUACGUCUGAAGCUCUCAGUGCACUUCAAGAAGCCAUGUUGACACGUCACUUGACAAGUGACGUCAACAAAUUAGACGAUAGGGAACAAUUCGUUGCGAAGUGUUUCGACCAAGUUGUUAACACUGUGUAAUAGUCUACGACCAUAUUUUAAAAUGUAUAUGUUGUAAAUGUAUUUUAUGUUGUAAUAAGUUAUAUUAUUGCUAUAAUUACAUGUAUAGAAUAUUUACAAUUUAAAUUUAAAAUAGUGAUAUCUUAAGAUGUCGGCCCUGAGGUCGGCACUGUAAAUAUUUGCUUAUUGAAAUGAUAUUUUUGUAGCAUCUGUUGGUGUCAACAGCAAUGUAUAUGAUAACUAUCCUUCUCUAACCAGAGCACCUAGGCAAUAUACAAUUUCGAUUUUAAACCACAAUCGCUAGAAUUAUAUAAAAUGAUCUUUAUUUUAAUAUAUGUAAAAAUUUUAAUCCAACACCGUCUGCAUCCGGAAGAGCGAGACAGCGAAGGAGCUUUCUCUAUCUGGGUCUAUUAGAUUGUUAUUGUUUAUAGUAAUAUAAACACGGUAAUUGUAGUAAUUAAUUCGUAGUACUGAAGAAAUAAUUAUAGGAAGGAUGCCCAUCGAUGCAUUACAAUUGACACCGUUAUAAAUUAUUGUAAAAUUUGUUGUGUAUAUUAUGUACUUUUUCGUGUUUUAUACUUAAUAGCUUCAUGCCUAUUAAUAUCUCUUCCUUGUGAUUAUUUCUUAUUUUAUUUCUUAUAUAUUUUGUAACUCGAUUUGCUUAUUACAUUGUGUUCUUUAGUUUAGUGUUAUAUUAAUAAAUAGUUACUGUGUAUCGUAAUAAUGCAAUAUAAACAAUGUUUGUAUACAACCAAAAUUUCAUACUGAUGGGCACAGGUUUCCCUAGACGAGAAUAUUCAAGUUGCAACCACUACAACAAUGGAUUUAAUCAUGAUUUAAAUAUAUCUUCCAUUCUAUCUGGUUUGUAUUACAUACAAUAUCAAACAAUAUCGAGUCUGUUAAUCAUGGAAUACGUAGAUUAAUAGUCUAUAAUUACCACAGACAAAUUAGACAGAUGAAUGUCAUUUAUUGCACUAUUACGCUGCAUAUGACUAGGUAAACACGCGAGUGGCACCUUAGUGCCGAACGCUACAAGAAUGCAUCAUAUCAUUUGAUUUAAUUAAAUUAUAAUUUUAUAACUGAAUUAAUUUAUCCAUGUAAUGUUACUUAUCAAACAUUUCUGUAGCAUGUAUUUACUUUUGUAACAUUGUAUUUUAAUGUAGACUUCCCUUAACCUAAUAACCGAACCAUUUCAUUUGAUCACUUGUGUGUCGUAAGAUCUGUUCGAAGCGGGAACUUUUUUGUAUGAAAUGGAUUUAUAUUACUUUGCAUGUUUUAUUGUAUUAGUUUUUUUAUAAUUGUGUUCAAUAAUUUUACUAUUCAUAAAAUUGGUGAUUGUGAAUUAUUUUUCAUUUUAGAUUAAACUUAUUUUAAAGGAAAAGCUGCCUUUAUCGUGUUACUGUCUAUAAUGAGAAUAUUAACUUCUAUGAUAUAAUAAGUUAAUGUUGUAUUUACAAUCUUAUUAGUUUAUUAUUAUUGAGCAAGAAUUUAAUAGACGUAAAAUAAAGUUGUUGCAAUAAAUAUA